CAGUCAGAAAGACAAGUGGUGAAAUGAGAGCAGUAAAUUUUGUGGACAGACUACAGUGGGAUAUUCCUGGGAAUGUCUGCAGACAUGGACUUGCCAUUGGGGAUGUUGAUAAUGAUGGAGAUAAUGAGCUUGUUGUCGGCACUGCCAAAGGAGAUUUAUUCAUAUUCAAGGGCUCAGAAAUUUGGCACAAAACUACAGGCCUCGGACUGAUAACUUGUCUUGCCAUUGGAGAUAUAUUCAAUUACGGAAGAAAUGCUCUGGUCGUCAUUUGUGGGGAUGGAUGGGUCCACAUUUUUUACAGCCCACGACCUGUCAAUCCAAGCAAUGGAAGUUCUACGAUUAUUAAUAAAGAUUCUCUCGAUAAUACGAAACAAGGUGGAACAUUCGAUCAUAAUCCCGGAGAUGUCGACCAAAUGUCUGGUAAAAUGGAAUGUGUCCACUCACAGCGAAUUCCAACAAAUACAAAAAUCGUGUUGGUGGCUGAUAUUGAUCGAGAUGGAGCCAACGAGAUGAUUAUCGGAUUGACAGACCGCGUUGUCAGGUCAUAUAGGUGGUCCUCUAACGUUGAUCUAGGGACUGGGAAACUUAUUGGAUUAAAUAAGUGGGAAUGCGCUAAUCAAAUUGGGACAGUGACACUACAGCAUACGAAUGAUGGAACUCCAACUCUCCUCGUUGCCCAGCCCGGUGGCACCUUCAUGAGAAUAAAAUGCAGUUCAGGUGACUGUCGUUCAGAAGGAGACUCCAUCCAAAGUGAAACAGCAGAGGGUUGCAUUGACUAUCAGACCCUAGGAAUAUCCCGGAUGCGAAAUCCAAACAUCUCAACCGAGAUAAUCGGUGAUCUUGAGCCUGGUAAAAAUAGACAGUCAACCCCAGGUGAGUCCCCUAGCAAAAUUAUUCUCAAAGAAGUUUACGUGAAGAAAUUCUCACGUGAUGGCCCACUGGAGCCAGAGGAUUUCGCAUCAUCGAAACGUGUGGAAUCGCCAGGGAUUGAUCAAGUCGAUGGGAAUGUGAUCGGUGGGAGUGUUGUCCUCGGGGAAUACGACACAGUUCAUAAGAAAACUAUUCUACCGAGUUAUGAAGAUUUUACGAAGAGUAAUUAUGCAGAGAGGGAAGGGGUUCAGGAUGUGGAGGACAAUAAUAGUGAGGAGGAAAUUCUGGAGAGCAAGCCUUAUGCCCUUGCCACUCUGGACGGGACGAUAAUGCUGGUCAAGGAUGAGGUUAUUUUAUGGGCUAUGCAAGUUGACCACCAGAUAUUCGCCCUCUGUCGUCUGGACGUGACUGCUGAUGGAGCUGAUGAAAUAGUCGUCUGCACAUGGGACGGACAGACUUACAUUCUCGAUCAAGACAGGAACAGCGUGAGGUUCCAGUUUGAGGAGCCAGUGAGGUCGUUCUGCACUGGGAACUAUAGCUUGACUCCAGGUGGAUCAAGUCCCAGCCUCGUUUACAUUUCGUUCACGAAUAAGAUUUCUUUGUAUUAUGACGUCCUCCUUCCGAGUGUUGUCGUCAAGAGCCUGCCACCUCUCGCCUUCUCUGCAGAGCAGAAUGAGGAAGAUGCGGAGAGGACACUUGGCAAUGCAAUAGAUCAGGGAAAACUGAAGAACAAUAAACAAUUGCGGGAGUACCUGCUGUACGGGAUUAAUACCCUCGACAUAAAUACUAAAAAUUUUUGGGAUGUAUCAUAGGGACUGUACGUGGACUGUAUGAUGAAAUGAAUAGAAUUAUGAAUUAUUUUAGAAACAGAGAAUUUAUCAUUUUAUCCUGAUGAUUACUUUAAAUUGGAAUUUUAUUCCAAUAAACUAUUCCAACAUAUUCCAACAGUUGAAAAAAAAUAGUGAAAUUGGAAACUUUACGGGAAAUUCAAUGGAAUUGCAAAUUUCUGAACAGUGGAAAGAGAAUUCUCUGCUUUAUUUUCAUCUAUAUAAAUGCAACUUCAUUUUUCUCAUCAUUUUUUAUUGAAAAUUAUUUCGUAUCAGCCUAAUGUACAUUUUGAAAUAAAAAUUUCGGUCAUUUUGCAUUUCUACAGAAA